GGUUUUCCAACUGCCAAUGAACUCCAUUGUAGAAGAGGAAGAUGUGUCGGAAAAAAGGAUGUACAGCGUUCACUGCCUUCGUUCCUGUAAAGCGGCUUUAAAUUCAUCUCAUUUCAUGGCCAAAUGUACGCCUAUUGUAGUAUUGAAUACCAGAGGAUAGUUUCGCGAACAGUCCUGGCACAUGCGUCGAUUAAAGAGCACAUAACUAACGCUAACUAUACAGCCAUGUAACUAGCUGUUGUUCUAGUUUUGCAUAUUACCGCUAACCUUAGCUCAAUGCUAGUGUGUCUAUAAAUACCGUUGCUUUUCUGAACAACUUUGCGCUGAAAGAUCACUCCCUGUAAGAUGUCAGCGCAGAAAGACUGCGAGUUUCUGGUGAAAAGAGCCCGGGAGCUGGUCUCAGAUGAUCCCUGUGCAGCGAAAGCCUGGCUCAUAACAGCAAGAACCCUUUACCCUGCAGACUUCAACAUUCAGGUAUCAUCUUAUAGCCAACCCUGCUCUUUAUAAGGGCUGAGCCACUACAGAUAAAACCCUUUAUAGAUUAAAAUCAUUAUCAAGUGAAUUUUAUGUAUCAUUGGCUGUUAAUUGAUAAACACUCAUUUUACAGUAUGAAAUGUACAUCAUUGAACGCAACGCAGAGAGGACUGCUCCUGCAGGGAGGCUGCUGUACGACAUGUGAGUUUCUCUGUAAUCUACCAUCUCUGUGGUAUUACUGCAAAACACAAGGGCUCUUUACUGAGUCUGAGUUGACUGUAAACAAUUAUUUGUGUAGGGUAGAGUGGGGUAAGAUGAGCCAUUUUUCAUAUUUCAGAUCACUACAUGUAGGCAAUCAUAGUUUUGUCUCUAAAUAGUGUAUCUGCAGAUAUUUCAAGAUGUUGUGCAUCCCUGCAAACCAACAGAAUGAGUCUAAACAUAACUGUCUUGAUAAUAUAGCAUGCCAAAAAAGUGGUCUCCUAUGGUCAACUUACCUCGUGUAUGGGGUAAGUUGAGCAGUAUCCCUACAACUCCCCCACUCUCCACCCCAGCUCUCCCUCACCUUCUCUCUCCCGAAAUAACGGUCACUUCUUCAUAUUCAUGCGUAUUUUUAUUAGGGCCCAACCGAUAUAGAUUUUUUGGGGCCAAUGCCAAUACCAAUUAUUAGGGGGGGAAAAAAUCGGAAAUAAAUGUCUAACCCCUUCACCCAUGUGCUUCUAACCUUCACAGACUCCAUGAAUUGAUGCCCAUCUCCUAAAUAUUUAGUCACAUGAUCAAUUUCUUUUACCAUUUCCAAGAAACAGGGGGUGACUCAACUUACCCUUUGGCUCAACUUACCCCACUCUCCCCUAUCCUUUAGGUUCAUAAACUUUCCAGAUCAGCCCAUCGUAUGGCGAGAGAUCAGCGUUAUCACUGCUGCCCUGCGUGGUGACUCUCAGGACAAACAUGCACAGUUUUUACGAGGUGAGUGGUUUUGCAAACAAGGAUGUAGUAUCAAAAUUUAGGGAAAAUCAUCAGUGAUCAUGUCGCUAGUGUGAUGCAUGUCUAUUUUUUCCUAUGCAUGCAUGUAUGUGUUGUCUCCCCAGGGCUUUUUGAAACACUUCCAGGUCGAGUGCAGUGUGAGAUGCUCCUCAAAGCCACUGAGCAGUGUUUCAACACUUUGGAGAAGGCAGAGAUGCUGCUCCUCCUGCUUAAGCGUUUUCCAGAAUCUGUGGUCCAACAUGGGGUAUGCACUUUAAACAAAACACAUAUGUUGACAUUUGCACUAGGUGUAUAAAUAACUAACAAUCAAUAUUAUGUUGUAUUUUUAGGUAAAUCUUGGGGAAACGUUGUUAGAGGCAGAGGCCUCAGAGAAUGUGGAGACACCUGUGAACUGCUUUAGAAAACUUUUUGGUAAGUAAAUGAGGAAAUUAACUAAUUUCCUGAUUUUUAAAUCAAUAUUCUGUGACUUAAACUCUUUCUCUUUCCCUCUCAAGUGUGUGAUGUCCUUCCCUUGGUCAUAAACAACAUGGACAUGCGCUUGCCAGCCAGUCUUAUGCAGAAGUACAUGCUGAAAGCAGCUGAAUUCUAUAUUGGCUACGUCACUCGUGGACCCUCACCUGAUGGACAGAUACAGGGUAGAGCUUCUUCCAGAGCCACCCCAGUGGUUUCACUUAAAACAGCAGUAUUUGUGGUCUGCCAGUGGAGUAUACAUCAACAUGUUCCUAUUUUUUCCCACUGUCGCUGUGUCAGUAAUUUCCACACUCUUUCUUUCAUUUAAGGAUCGCAAGAGGGAGGGUCUCUGAAGUCACCCACUGUGUCUCGAGGGUCCCAGAGAUUUGUAAUUGAUGGCUUGUCAGAAAAGUCGUCAGUUGUAGCAGAACCUUGGGAGAGGCUGCUGGAUAUCCUCACUGUGGUUGGAGCACGCUGCGAGUGGCAGGGUGACAAGGGACAAAGGUAAUCUUUUUGGAGCUUUUCAGCCAAUCAGAGCUGUGCUACAGUGUUUUUCAGUCAGAGGGAUUCUACCACAGCCAAUUACGACAUCAGAUGGUGUUUUAUGUAGAUGUAGCUUCUCUUAAUGGACUCUGAUUUAACACUGUAGAAUUAGUUUCCAAAUUCUUUGUAUUCUUGAGUGUUCAGGUUGUUAAUGUUGGUAAAUGUAGUUUAUACUUUAGCUUAUAUUUAAUGCAUUACAUUUGGAGUUGAUUGUAAUAUUUAUUCUGCUGCUAUUGAAUAAAACAGAAUCAAAAUGGAUUAUAAUUUAAAAAAACAUGCACAAAAUAAACUUGAAAAAUGUAGGGGUGGUCAAUGGUGCAUGUUUGCUGUUAGUGUAUGUCACUAGAUAAGUCAGAUGUAGAACUCGAUACUCAUGUAAAAUCUUCAAGAGCAGAGAUUAGUGAAUAUUAACAAGGAUAAUUUUGUCGGAACAAAAAUGUAUGAACAGUAAUUUCAUUGUGUCUUAAGAAAUCGUCAAAGUGACAGGCACACGGGAAGAGAUUGUUUCUUCAUGUUUUUGAAAGCCUUGUAUUUCCUGUGUGUACGGUCUGCUCCAGGAGUUAUGUUGACAUGCUGCAGAGGGUGAAGGAACUGUGUCGCUACCUGCCUGGUCUUGAAGGAGACACAAGAUCCCGCUGCUGCAGUCAGGUAGUCAUCUGUGCUGCUCUCGUCCUCUUCCGCAGCGCCUUCCUUUAUGUGUCAGCUGUACAGCCGGCGCUAUUCCAGGGUAAGAUAAUAUUUGCACCCACACGUACAACCAAUUUUAAUAAGUUUUAGGACUUGUAAAAUCUGUAUCUAAUAUUUUGACAACAUAUCAAAUGUUGAAUGGGAAUGUUUUUAUCGUUCCAUAAAAAAUACACAUGCUCAUUUUAAAAUUUUCAUGGAACAAUUACAUUUUUCAGUUUCAAUGUCUGAUAUGUUGUCUUUGUGCUAUUUUCAGUAUAAAAAUAGACUUAAAAUGAUUUUUCAAACCACUAAAGUCUGUUCUUAUCAACAUUUCACACAGUGUCACAACUCUUAAAGGGAUAUUCCGGCAUUUCUUUCUGCCUUAGCGUCUCAGUCUGGUUUCAUUUCCAUGAAGUUUUUGGUUGCGAUUUGCGCAUGGAGACAUAGACCGCUGUGCAUUCCUAUGGUCUGAUCUUUGCUAAAGUUGGUAUAACUAGAGAAGCAAUCGGUCAGCAAAAUUAAUCUCUCGUGGGGGGGUCUAACUCGGUAUUACGAUGUGUUUGACCAUGGCUUAAAUUUACGCCGGAAUAUCCCUUUAAGGAAUCAAGGUUGUAUUUUUCUGCUUGAUUUUUUAAUUCUGUUCCCUUUUAAAAUGAAAUGAUUAAAUGAUAUGUUUAUGUCUUUCAGGUGUAAAUGCAUUGAGUUCAGGGCCAUGGAUUCUUGUAGAAGAUCUGAGUUUGGUAUAUAAUGAUGUGGAGGUGGAAAGAGGAGCCAAACAUGCUCAUAAGAAACGCAAGCUGGCUGAUGGGAGGGAGAAAACAAUGGUGAGGACAGAUCAAACAUUUCUGAGAUGUUUCCAUCUUAUAAGUAUGGGACCAAAAGAAGGGUUGAUGAUCAAUCUAAAUGCGUUUCCUUUGUAUCUGCAAGUUUACUUUGUCUGUCUAUGCGCUGUCAGAGCUCAGAUGAUGAAGACGGGAUGGGAAAAGGUCGUGGUCGACACGUUUUAGUGAACAAGACUGAGAUGCCUAACUGGUCAGAGACCCUAGACAGUUUCCGCACUGCAAGGGAAAGCUGGGACCUCCUCCACUCUCACGACAGCUUGGAAACAGGUCAUUACCUCCUUUUCACAGCCGUGCUGCUCUGCACUCUUAGACAGGAUCCAGUAACUCCUACAGAGCUAUCGAAGUUAGCGAUGCAUUUUAGUCGUAAAACUGUCUUGAACUGAUUUGUUAACUUGUAAGGGUGAAUAAAGAUGGGUGUCCUAAUGAUCUGAUUGUAUCGUUGUUCUUCUAUAGAGUUCAAAAAGAUCUGUGCCUCCUGGAAGACAGACAGCUGGCUGUGGUUCAGAAUAUUCCUGACAGACAUGAUCAUAUAUCAGGUAAGAAAAAAUUAAUGUUUCUGUAUGUUUUUUUGACAGUUACCUCAGUGCUGUUUUAUCCUUAGUUUAUUCUCGUAAAGUUUUUUAUAAUUUUCUUUUUAAUGGCAGAAUACUUGAUUGUCCUUGAAGUGAAAUUUACUUAUCCUCUGAGCAAAAGAGGACUAUUGGAUGUCUAUUUUUUUUUUAGACAUAAUUUUAACCAUCUAGAUUCUGUAUAUUUUUAGAUGGAAUUUAGACGUUGCACUUUAACCCAUUAUUUGAUAACUAUUUAUUUCAAAAAGCAACUGUGAGUUGCAUAACUGAUCUCCAAGUACUUAACCAAAAUAAUUAUGAUAGCAGUUGAGCGAUAUACAGUGCAGUAUAGAUAUAGCCCAGAUUUAGACUUUGUCUAAACUUGGUCUAAAUUUAGACGUCUAAGAAACUUUCAUUUUUAGACCUGUGGUAGCCUGAUUUUAGACCAGUCGCCUCGGCUACAUUUAGACGUCUAUUAGACCUCUUUUAGACCAAAAAUGCCCAGUGAGUAUAAAAGAAAAGGGAAGAUCCCCUCAGGAUGUAAUAGAAUUAAAGCAAUGUAUGAUGAAUCCCAUGAAGAGAAAAUGAUUUGAAAGUCAAAAAAAUCUGUACAUGUGCUACCAAAGCUCUCUGUAUGCUGAUCAUGUGUGCAUGUGUUGUUGGGACAUGUGUUUUUCUAGGGACAGUACCGUAAGGCCCUCUCCAGCCUGAACCAGAUGGCUGCAGUGCAGCAGCCUCAGCCGGGGCAGCAGAGCCCCUCAGGCCAGGCAAGUUUGGAGCACCACAGGGCCCUCAUCCAGCAGGCCUCCUGCCAUUAUGCACUGGGAGAGCACAGGGUAAACACAUACAUACACACACAUGGACCUAUUUCUUUGCAGUAUGUCAAGAAUCGCCCCAAAAUUAUUAAGUAUUUUUGAGAUUGUUUUGAGUCCAGCUUUUUUUCUUUUUUUUAAAGUUGAAAUUUACCGUCUUCAAUGUCUCUAUAUAUUUCUUUAAUUCUAUUUCUUUUGUUUGUCUUCAACCAUUGUGUAACAACUGUUAAAGUAAUCAUUAUUAAUAAUACACAAGUCUGUUAGAGUUUGCUUAAUGUGUCAUCCUACAAAUAAAUCAGUUGCAUCAACCGGCCUGCAGAUGGCACACAAGUUUAAGUAUAAUUUAGACCAAGAAUGAUAGUGGAUCAUAUUUAUUAGUUACUGUGUCAGAGAUUCAAUUCCAGCUGUGUAUAGUAAAAUAAAGCUGACCUUGCUUAAUACUCUUAUCAAUUGAAUCAUCCCAUUUUGCUGAUGUAUAAUGAUAUCAUGUUACUUCUUCUUUUGUCUAGUGUAUGUUGUAAAAUAUGUAGCAAAAACCUUUGUUGUCUCCAAAGUUGUGAGUGUUAAAGCUUUACACCGUCACACAUCAAAACUUGACAUUGUGCUUCAUCAAUGAAUCAGAUGGCCUGUGAGAAACUACUUGAUGUGGUCAGUGGACUAGUGCCUCCAAACCAAGAACCAACAAAAACCCAAGAUGAUCAGAGUCGAGUCAAGACUAAAGCGAGGAAAGGUAAAGAAAAAAAAAAUCUGCCUUUGAAAAAUUGAUCUUGGAUCUAUUUCGUAAUUGAAUAUAAAAUGUAAAACUGACUUCAGAUAUAUCUUGUGUAUUAAGUGCUAAAUAUUUUAUACUUUUUCAACUUUGGGAACAUUGUGUCUUAAAGCUGUAGCACUGAUGUGUGACCAGUAAAUCAGUACCUGUGCAACAAGAAAACCGCAACUUCUCUUUACAAGUGAAAUAUGAAUCAGAAGCACCUGACUCAGUUAAACCUGCUGUUAAUGACACCAUUGAUGACAUGCAGAAUAUUAUGAACCGUCUCAUUUUGUCUUCUAGGUAAUGACCUCAGAUUGCUGCCCUGCACUAGCAAAGCUGUGCUACCUUUCUGUCUCCAGCUGAUGCUUGCCUGUUUCAAGGUACUGUGGCGAGUGAAGUGCAUGAAAUUCUGAUUAUGUUGUCAUUUUUUUUUAAAUUGUUGUACUUGGAUAGGACUGUUGGACUGUUUGACACUAAAUCUCGUAUAACCCACUUCAUCUUUUUUCAUGCUGUAUCCAUUUAGCUCCGUGCCUUCACAGACAGUCGGGACGAUCUGUCUCUUGGACAUGUAGUGGUGCUCCUCCAGUAUGACUGGCCUCAGGGAGAGAUGCUGUUUUUAAAGGCAGUGGAUAAGAUCUGUCAGCAGGGCAGCUUCCAGUACGAGAAUUUCUUCAACUAUGUCACCAGUAUCUUUUUUUGCAGCUAAACUCACAGCAGUCAUAUUGUGAAGUGAGAUAGUUGUUAUCCCAGAUUGACUUAGUCAGUUUUGCUGUACAAGUGUAUCAAACAAAAGCAGAGAGGAGCACAGAAACAAAUACACUUGAGAUUAAUUUCAUCAUCUAUGUUCUACUAGAUUCUUUCCAAAAAAGCCCUUAAAGACAUUGCAACACACUGUGCAAUACAACUUUAAAACAGUUGCUGAAAAUUCAAGUAUUCUGGGUCUGUGUCUGUUUUGUCUCAGUGGAUGGUCUUUUUCCAUAAAUUCAUGAUUCUUGUCAGACAUUGACAUGCUGGAAGAGUUUGCAUACCUGCGCACUCCAGAAGGGGGAAGGAUUCAACUGGAGCUGCUGCCCAAUCAGGGAAUGCUUAUCAAGUAAGAGCUUCUUAUUCAGACAAGUUUCUCUUUGCAUCGUGACUCUGCGCACUCCCGUUUUUGUUCCUGUUUUCAAAGAGAACAGUUCAGUUAUUGAUAGUUUUAAGUAGACAUGGCCUGUGGGGAAAAUUGUACUCUGAAAUGAGAAUGCUGUACAGGAGCGGGCAUAAGAAAGAGAAGGGGUCUCUGGUCUAAGUAAACCUUUUAAACUCCGUCAUUCAGAGCUGUAAAAGUAAAACCAGUUGAAUGCACCCACACUGACUGAGAGUUGUUGAAUGUUGCUGUCCCUCAGGAACCCUAGUCCCGCCCUGGGGGUGGAGUUAAAUACCCUUCUGCUACAAGGGGUGCAGACGAUGGACAGGUACCCCAGGCCCCUCCUCCCACAGUCCCAUCCCUCCCUCCUUCCCUCCCUCCCUCCCACACCAGUCACCCUCCCUCCAUUCCCUACUUCAAGGCUUGUCAUCCCCCUGGUUUUGAUUUGGGCCUGUCAUUUUACAUCAAGAGUUAGUCGUUCUUUGAUUUCCUGUUGGCGUUUGUUUCUUUGAGCCAUUGCUCGUCUUUCUGUGGUCAUCACUGUUGUUGUUCCUGUUAUAAACAGACGAUGUCAGUCUUUUUUGUGCAGUCAAUUUAGUUUCCUGCUCGUUCAUGACACUUGAUCUCAUUUCAUUUGUGGACAUGUUUGUGGGUUUUUUAUGAUGAUGGUAUAUUGUUGUUUGUUGUUUUAAUCAGCUGAUUUAGAUAAAAUAGUAAAAAGAAAAAAUACAAUUCUUUUUAUUUCAUAAUGUUGUGUUAUCUGUGUACAAAACUCAGUCUCUGUUUGUGUUAAGUAACACAUUUUUUACACUCUGUGUCUUUGUUUUGACAUUUUUCUCUUUGUUUUUUUCCCCAGACAUCACACAGUAACACGCGGGAUCACCAAAGGAGUGAAAGAAGAUUUCCGUCUCGCCAUGGAGAGGCAGGUGUCGCGGUGUGGGGAGAACCUGUUCAGUGUGCUUCAUCGUUUCUGCAUCAAUGAGAAAAUCAUCAUCAUCCAGUCUCUGCCUUGAUGCUUAGCCUGUGACUUUUGAACUUUUUUAGAUGACAUUCCAGUCGCAGUUUUGUUUCUGACUCUCAUCUUCACCAUCUGAUGCUUUGCUUGAGGAAAAAAAAGUCUCAUUGGCUGAAAAGUUGAUCUAUUUUUCAGAGAAUUAAAAAAACUGCUCUUAGAUUUGAAUUGUAUGUGUUUGUUUUUUCUUCUUUUCCAGAACAAGUGCUGAACCACAUUUGGAGUUAAAUCAUAUUGUGACAAUAAGUGGGAGUAAUGACAGAACAGUUAAGCUCAGUUUGGAUUCCUUUAGGAGACUUUAUUGUUUUUGUUACACACUUGAUUAAACUGUUAGUUUAUUUACAUUUUGUAAUUAAAGGUUUUCUUAAGAAUGAGGAAAUCUAUGACAUUUAUUUCAGACUUGAUUAAAAAAAAGAAGUUCCUUUUCUUCUGCUUUACCACUCCUCUAUUUUUUAUUCACACUUCCUCUUCCCACUUCACCUUUCUGUGCAGCUCUAUCACCCAUAUUAUUCCUGCAGCUCUGUGGCAGCUGCAUCAGGCAGGUCACAUUGUAGAGCAGCCCUGAGGUUAGCCCAGAACAGCCUGUGUUUAGCUCUAUCAUGAGGCCACUCCAAGUAUGUGUGCCGGCUCAUCAUGGACUUCAGCUGGUUGUAUUUUGAUGGGAUCAAAUAUUGAGGCAGUGGCUCCAGUAGCACCAAGACCACGCUGUCUGAGCCCCGAGUGAGGUGCUGGUGACUGGCAAAGUACAGCUCAUAAUGGCACCACUCACUUUUUACGAAAUGGGCAGAGAGAACAAACACAGAGCGCCUGCACUUCUCCACACAGGUGAUGAUGUUCUCUACGAUUGUCUUCCCAGGCACAAAGUGUCUCUCGUGAUGGCAGAUUCGAAGACCCCCAGCAGGUCCCUCAAGGUUGGGGAGAAGAGAAUUGUGCACCCAUUUUGCAUCAUGUUGGCUGUAAGAUACAAAUGCGUGAAACUCAGUACCCACCAUAUCUUCAGGUCGAACUUCUCUUCUGGCGCGGUGUUUGGCUCUGGUCCACUGCCCAAUCAUUUUCAAAUACCAGGGAACAUCCCAAUAAUGGCAGAGCGACACUAUCAAGAUUAACAAUGCCACUGAUGGGCCCAGGAUGGUGGCAGCUAGAAGGCCAGUAUUACAGUAGAUUUCUGGGAUUGAGAUGACAUUCAAGGUGGUGUCCCUGUCAACCUCUGGAUAAGUGCAGUGAUAGUCAGCUGGCCAACCCAACAAUUCAAUUCCUGAAUGACUUUUCUUAUUUUCUGCCGUAAUGCCAAGACUUAUGAAACUCUUCAGAUCACAGGUGCAUGUGUACGGGUUAAAACCAACAUCCAGGGUUUUUAGUUCAGAACAGUUCUCCAGUUUGUUCACAGAUGGAGCACUGAGAGAAUUAAAUCUGAGAAAAAGCGUAUUUAGAUAAGGGAAACCGUUGCACCCUGGCAGGUCCCGCAGUCUGUUCUGAUUCAGAUUUAGAGACAGCAGAUUUGACAGUUUCUUGAUGAUGGACAGUGGUAGCACAGAAAUCUUGUUGUUCUCGAGGUCUAGUGUCUCCGUUCCUGCUGGUAGACAAUUGAAGACAGAGCCUGUUAAACCAUUCGAAGAAAGAAUCAGAUUGGUGAUGUUUGGUGGCCAUUCACAAUUUUCCAGACCAUCAUAGACAAGAGAGUUGAGGCUGAGAUCCAGAUCUUUCAGCAAUGUCAUGUGUCCCAGACGUUUGCUGAUCGAGCCAAGGCUUUUCAGAUUGUUUCCGAGCAAAUUCAGUGUCCUAAGAUUUCCCAGAUUCUCACACUCAACAGUUUUUUGAUUCUCCACUCGGGAGAAGAUGGAGUCAGUGAGAGCACAAAAAGAGAAGUCCAGGUGGAGGAGAGGACUCUGGGACUUUGGACAUGUCAUAUGAAUUAUUGAAGUUUCAGUGACAGCUAAACUCUCAACUGGCAUGUUGAUAAAGAAGUCGUACACAGCCUCCUGUGAGAAAAGGAAAGUUGUCACCUCCACCUGGCUUGCUGUAAAAGACUUCACUUGAGAUGUCUUGGCUACUUCAGUUUCUUUUUGUGGCAAUCUAGAUAAGGUCACUUGAAUUGCACUGAUAUGAGCUAUAGAUGUACUCAGAAGCACAUUUACAGUGUCAGUUAAGUCUUCCCAGGUGACUGACAUGUUUGUGACUUGAAGAUGAGAUGUGUGGAUUUCUGCUUUAUCUC